AUGUUGUUAGCACAACUGCCUGAUAGACAUUUACUUAGUGCUUAUUCCGAGACCCCGAUUGUUCCAAAGGCAGCCGACAACAUUCCAAAUGCAGAGUUCGCCUUGGCUGUGCGAGAGCAUUUUUAUUAUUGUAGCACCCUUGUUGUGCUAGAAGCCAUGACGGAAGCAGUGAGUUCGGGCAGAGAUUGCCUGCAGGCCGGGGAGUCCUGCACCAAUGAUCCCAGCUGCAGCUCCAAGUUCCGGACCCUCCGGCAAUGCAUCGCGGGCAACGGCGCCAACAAACUGGGGCCGGACGCCAAGAACCAGUGCCGGAGCACGGUGACGGCCCUGCUGUCCAGCCAACUCUCUGGCUGCAAGUGUAAACGGGGCAUGAAGAAGGAGAAACAUUGCCUGAGCGUCUACUGGAGCAUCCACCACACCCUGAUGGAAGGUAUGAAUGUGUUGGAGAGUUCUCCGUACGAGCCAUUCGUCAGGGGCUUUGACUACGUCCGGCUGGCAUCCAUCACCGCAGGUUCCGAGAACGAGGUGACGCAGGUGAACCGCUGUCUGGACGCCGCCAAGGCCUGCAACGUGGAUGAGAUGUGCCAGAGGCUGAGGACGGAGUACGUCUCCUUCUGCAUCCGGCGCCUGGCCCGGGCCGACGCCUGCAACCGCUCCAAGUGCCACAAGGCCCUGCGCAAGUUCUUUGACCGCGUGCCCCCCGAGUACACGCACGAGCUUCUCUUCUGCCCCUGUGACGACACGGCCUGCGCCGAGCGCCGCCGACAGACCAUUGUCCCCGCCUGCUCCUAUGAGUCCAAGGAGAAGCCCAACUGCCUGACCCCCCUGGAUUCCUGCCGGGAGAACUACGUCUGCAGGUCCCGAUAUGCGGAGUUUCAGUUUAACUGCCAGCCGUCCCCGCAGUCUGCGACUGGCUGCAGGAGGGAGAACUACGCUGCCUGUCUGCUGGCGUACACAGGAAUCAUAGGUAGUCCCAUCACACCUAACUACGUCGACAACUCGACCGCCAGCAUCGCGCCUUGGUGCACCUGCAACGCCAGCGGCAACCGCCAGGAGGAGUGCGAGAGCUUUCUGCACCUCUUCACCGACAACCUCUGUCUCCAAAACGCCAUCCUGGCCUUCGGCAACGGGACGUACCUGAACGCGGCACUGGCCCCAUCCGUGCCCCCGACGACGCAGAUGUACAAGCAGGAGCGAAACGCCAACAGAGCCGCCGCCACCCUCAGAGGGAACAUCUUUGAGCAGCUCCAGCCCACCAAGGGAUCUGGAGAGGAGCCACUCCUAAGGGGCUCCACCCAACUGGCAUCCGAAACCUCUGGCUUGGCUUCCGCCUCCCGCGCUGUGGGGUGGCUGCUGAUGUGGGUUUCCAUGGCUCUCGCUGCGCCAUUCCUGCUUGCGAUGUGA